AUGUCCAACCAAACCCUCGUGACUGAGUUCCUUCUCCAGGGAUUCUCUGACAUUCGAGAGAUUCAAAUUUUGCACUUUGUGGUGUUCCUGGUGCUUUACCUGGGAGCCCUUCUGGGGAACCUUCUUAUCCUUCUCAUCAUCACAGCUAUAGCCCUUGACCACCAUCUUCACACUCCCAUGUUCUUCUUCUUAGUCAAUCUGUCCAUCCUAGACCUCGGCUCCAUCUCUGUCACCGUCCCCAAAUCCAUGGCCAACUCUCUCCUGAACACCAGGUCAAUUUCUUACCCUGCCUGUGUCACCCAAUUCUUUCUCUUUUUAGUCUUUAUUUCAACUGAUCUUGCCCUUCUCACCGUCAUGGCUUAUGACCGAUACGUCGCCAUCUGCCAACCACUGCACUAUGAACAAGUGAUGAACAGGGGAGCUUGUGUCCAAAUGGCUACCAGUGCCUGGAUUGCUGGUAUUAUCAACUCUGCCCUGCACACUGCGAACAUCUUCCGGUUACCCUUCUGCCAGUCCAAAGACAUUGACCAGUUCUUCUGUGAAAUCCCCCCGCUUCUCAAGCUGGCCUGCUCCGACUCAGACCUCAGUGAACUUGGGCUCCUUACCUUUAGUGUGUUUUUAUUUUUGAAUUGCUUUGUUUUGAUCAUUGUGUCUUAUGUUCAGAUCUUCAAAGCAGUGAUGAGAAUCCCCUCUGAGCAGGGCCGGCACAAAGCCUUCUCCACCUGCCUCCCCCACCUCGCCGUGGUUUCUUUGUUACUUUGCACUGGCUUUUUUGAGUACCUGAAACCUGCCUCCAGCUCAACAUCAAUUCUGGAUCUCUUGGUGGGUGUUCUCUAUGCUGUAGUACCUCCCAUGAUGAAUCCGGUCAUCUACAGCAUGAGGAACAAAGAGAUCAAAGCUGCACUGAAGAAACUUAUUGUGUGGAGUAAGUUUAUCAAGAAUUGAAGUGUCUUCACUGUUUUACUAUGAUUUCAUUUUGCAUUUCUUUAUAAAUAUAAUUGAUUUAUGACGAAGUUAUCUCCUUGAGAAAAUUAGUUGCAAUAUUUUUUAUGAAUGUAUAAAAACAAGACUAACUCCACUGACAUUGAAUUAAUGUAGAAUGACACCUGUGUAGGUAAGAUCAGAAUCAAUGCAUGCCCAUAAAUCUAUCUAAACUCUAUCUAUUUUUCUUGGGAAUUUAUACUGUGAACCUCUGGGCCUGUUACAUAGAUGUAUACUAUCUGAGCCUGAUACACAGACUAUCAACAAUGACAGCACAAUUGUUAGUGGAUUUCAUGAAGUCUCUGCCUCUUCUCCUUUUGGGGGUUGGAAUAUGAGAGUGUGUUUGCUUCAUUGUUUAUUUUAAAUUAUGUUUCAUUUUAUGGAUUCAUUGGUUGACAUGUGUUUUUGUUCCAAGUGAAUUCUGGAGGUAGGAAUUUGCAGGGUGGCAUAUGUUCGAUUAAGUGGGGAGUAUCAGUUGUUUUUUUUUAAUAUGUAUCUAGGGUAUGGAUGUCAUAAUAUAUUCAAAGUGGUUUUCUGAGCGACUGGAAGUUUUGCUUUCCCCAUUGAUGAAGAAUUUAAACAAGUUUCUGUCCCUGAGUUCCUGUUCCAAUGGUUAUUUUAAUACUGAUGGGAUUUUUUUCUAUUAUUUAUGAUGUGUUAGUGCAACUGGAUCCUAUUAUAAUUAUGUGUAUUGUCUUUUUUAGUUAAAUAAAUAAGUGCUGUAUUUUCCUUGCUCUGGUGGAAAACAAUUUAGGAAGAGAAAGCUAUUGCACUGUUUCCUGAACACAAAUGGAGUAUGCCUAACAAGACCAAAUGUGUAUUCUAUCAGUCUCAUAUUUUCUCUUACGGUAAAUUUUGUUCUACAGCAAUUUUACACAGCAGUUUCUCAUAGCUCCUGUGAGAAGACCCGCACAUGCUUAGCGCAGGGGGAGAGGUGAUGUUUGGUGCAAAAGUUGCUAUAGCUUGUUUGCGAGAGGGAAUCAUGUUUUCCACUCUAAGAAAGAGACAGGUACCAGACAGAAACAUGGGGGUGGCCACUCAGAGGCCAAAGCAGAUGUUUUUCUAACCUUGGAACCGUAACACAUGGAAAUCAGCCAUUCA